AUGUUUACGGGCAGUCGCAGCAACUGCCCUAGUGCUUGGGGAGCUGAAAAACUGACACUGGGGGGAAUUGUGCAAGUGUAUAGUCCCCAUAUGGUCCAAGCCCUACUGGACACUAAGGGUGGUCUCUGGCUUACCCAGGCUCGGGUAGCCCAGUAUCAGGCCAAACUUUUAGAAAAUCCUGAAGUUACCCUACAGACCUGCCCCUCCCUCAACCCAGCCACCAUGUUGCCAGAAACAGAGGAACAGGAACACGACUGUUUGGAUAUCACAGACGCCCAAUACUCCAGCCACCCGGACUUAAAAGAUCAACUGCUCCCAAAUGCAGAUUGUGAGUGGUAUACCGAUGGCAGUAGUACUGUUAUAGACAGGCAAAGGAGGGUGGGUUAUGCUGUCGUGACCCUCUACGAUACUGUGGAAGCUGAGGGUUUGCCUGCCGGGACAUCAGUCCAGCUGGCUGAAUUGGUAGCCUUAACCCGUGCACUUGAACUGUCAAAAGGGAAAAGAGUUAACAUUUUUACUGAUUCCAGAUAUGCUUUGGGAGUGCUACACGCUCAUGCAGGUCUGUGGAAGCAGAGAGGAAUGCUGACAGCCCAAGGCUCUCCGGUCAAACAUGGACCCAGAUUCUCCGGCUCCUGGAAGCUGUACAACUCCCCUCAGCAGUGGCGGUGGUACACUGUAAGGCUCAUCAAAGGGAAGAUCAAGAUGUGGUUAGGGGUAAUGCCAGGGCGGAGAGGGAGGCCAAGCGAGCUGCUAUCCUGGAACCACUGGAAGCUGAAGAUGCUCAUAUGCAUGCUCUCAUCCCAUCAGUAGGUGAGCUUGCAGCCCCUCAGUACUCCCAUGAUGAAAGAAAACUGGCCGACAAACUCGGUCUCCAGGAAAAGGAGGGAUGGCUCCACUCCACGGAAGGAAAAAUCCUCCUACCGAAGGACCUGAUCCAGCCGGUGCUGUAGCAGUUGCAUCAAACCACCCAUGCUGGCAGGGAGGCUC